GGCUCAGAGUACGCACGGACGUGGCAUUUGAAUCACACGAGUUGACUGGUGACUGACGAACGACCAAUCCGUCAACAAAAUGAAACUCGUGAUCGGUUUGGCGUUGGUUUCGCUAGCCUACGGGUCGACUUUCUUCCCAACCGAAAAAGAUGAAGUGGAUUUAGUCUCGACGAGUCAAAACGAUCAAGCGUCAGGUCGCAUCGCCGUUCCGCCACCUAAUAACCUCCCUCCGAUUCGAAACGGCGGUAUCGUCAACGCCGCACCGAUUCUCAAUCCUGUUGCAUCGCCCAUCGUCAACACGGGGACUGCGGGAGCACUUGUGGGCGGCGGGGCUUCACAGGUGUUUUUCUCGCCUGUCCGCAUCAAUAUUGAUCAGGCGUCGCAACUCUACGUGCCGCCCGGAACAGACGGACGCAUUAUAGUGCUGCUCAAGAACGACGGCGUAGGCGAUUUCUUUCUCCUCAGCGGAGGCGACGACAAAAACUUUUUCAUCCAAUUCGACUACGCUCAGAUACAAUUGGGUCCGGGACAAACGCUAGCUGUUCCAGGAAGGAUUCGAGUUCCGCAUUAUGCAAAUAACGUUGUAUCUACGCUGACGAUCAUCGUGCAGCGGCGGACUGACAAUGCUAUCUCGCGGAGACAGGUUUACAUUCGCACGAAAUCAGAGCCAGGAGAAAAAUGGGCUCCUUGGUGCACAAUCAGAACAGUGACUCGUUGCGACAGUUAUCUGGAUGAAUCAAUUUGCGCAAGUCGGUAUUGGAACAUGAGAGCAGAGAUUCAAGAUACAGAAGCGGGUUUACUGUCCGUCAGCAUCAAACCUGAUGGGCGUUUUCUAGGGGAGGAUUUCAUAAUUGGCACUAACGAAUCGAUUGCUGUAGAGCAAAGUGUUUCUUGCUGUACAACUGGAGUUGAUAUUACGGCAGUUGACGUUCGCGGAAAUACAGCCACCUGUCGAGCCGAUCAAUAUUCCAUUUAUCUUAGCUCUGGAGAUGUAGCUGCCAUCACUCUUGGAGUCAUACUACUAAUCCUGCUUCUAGUUAUCAUUAUCCUGGCCAUUUGUAGGUGCUGUAGACGGAGAAAGGAAAGAUCAAUAAAAACGGCACCAAUUCCGAGGAGUAAAAAGGAUCAAGCGUGACUAGCACGGUUCAGUCCCAAAAGGUCAAAGCCCAAAGAUCUUUCAAUUACUGUUACAACAGUUGGUGACAACUAGUAAAGGUGAUUCAAAAGAAGGGGCUGAUUCGGAUAACCACACUAUGCAAAUAGAAAGUAGGGACUGAACCAAACACAGGUGGUGGCUCACUUAAUGUCUUAAGAUAUUGCAU